UGUCCUAACUGCCAGGACACUUCGCGAGACGCUUCAGCUGCCAAGAAGAGGGAACACGUGUGCCAUGUUCCAGGAUGUGGCAAGCUCUACGCCAAGACUUCUCACCUCAAGGCACAUCUGCUCUCGCACAGCGGAGAACGCCCCUUCGUGUGCCACUGGAUCUUCUGCAACAAGGCCUUCACUCGAUCCGACGAACUUCAGCGCCAUCUCAGAACGCACACCGGUGAAAAACGUUUCCAGUGUGAAGAGUGCGGAAAACGUUUCAUGCGUUCUGAUCAUCUGAACAAGCACGUCAAGACGCACCAGAACCGACGCGCCCGUCUUGCUUCUGCUCCUGCCGAAGGUGACGACGUUGACGUGGAACUGUGUGACGAUGAGGAGUUUCUCUCCGUUACUCUGCCAGACUCUCCCGUGUCUGAGACGGAUUUUCAAGAGGAUGAUGUAAUUGGGAAUGACCAGAUACAAAGCAUCAGCCAGCUUCUAUGA